UGAGCAGGCACUGUCGGGGAAUGAGGAAGUCCCCAGCAGCACAGCCUGGUGCCUGGCAGGUGGCAGGGUCCCAGGUCAACCAGCUUCUGGCCCCAGCUGGGGCACUGGCCAGCUGGGGGCUGGAGCCGGGGUCCCACCCACACCUGCCAGGGUGGCUGUACCCGCUCCUCCCGACCCCUCACCUCCAUGGGUGGAAGGGAGCCCCACAACACUUCAGGGGGUUCGGGGGGGCAGAGGCCAGAGGAGGGCCACAGUGCAGGGAAGAGUGCUCUCUUAGAUGCCACCUGUCCCUGGAGCAUCCCCACAUCCUCCUCCACGCUUACUGGGGUGACUGGGAAGAAAGAAAGCCCAGGACCGGGUGAGCUGAUGGGAGCGGGGUGCUUCCUCUCUUGACGACACCUCUCCUGGAGUCCCCUGGGCUGAGUUCCUGUCUGGCUGUGUCCAGAGCCCUGGCAGGCAUCGAGGUGGCAGGCCUGGGUCAGGACUAGGACUGUGGCAAGCAUCCCCCGACCACCCCCGGCAGCCAUGUCCGACUACGAGAACGAGGAUGAGUGUUGGAGUGCCCUGGAAGGCUUCCGCGUAAAGCUCAUCGCGGUCAUCGACCCCGCCCGCAUCACCCCCUACCUGCGGCAGUGCAAGGUCCUGAACCCUGACGAUGAGGAGCAGGUGCUCAGCGACCCCAACCUGGUCAUCCGCAAGCGGAAAGUGGGUGUGCUCCUGGACAUCCUGCAGCGGACUGGCCACAAGGGCUACGUGGCCUUCCUUGAGAGCCUGGAACUGUACUACCCACAGCUCUACAAGAGGGUCACAGGCAAGGAGCCCACCCGCGUCUUCUCCAUGAUCAUCGAUGCGUCCGGGGAGUCGGGCCUGACGCAGCUGCUGAUGAGCGAGGUGAUGAAGCUGCAGAAGAAGGUGCAGGACCUGACAGUGCUGCUGAGCUCCAAGGAUGACCUGAUCAAGGAGCUGCGGGUGAAGGACAGCCUGCUGCGCAAGCACCAGGAGCGCGUGCAGCGGCUCAAGGAGGCUUGCGAGGCGGGCAGCCGCGAGCUCCAGCGCUGCAAGGAGGACAACUAUGACCUGGCCAUGCGCCUGGCCGUGCUGGAGGAGGACUGGCGGCAGGCGCUGCGGGACCACCAGGAGCAGACCAGCACCAUCUUCUCCCUGCGCAAGGAUCUGCGCCAGGCCGAGGCCUUGCGUGCCCGGUGCAUGGAGGAGAAGGAAAUGUUCGAGCUGCAGUGCUUGGCCCUGCGGAAGGACUCCAAGAUGUACAAGGAUCGCAUCGAGGCCAUCCUGCAGCAGAUGGAGGAGGUCGCCAUCGAGCGGGACCAGGCCAUCGCGAGGCAGGAGGAGCUGCACGCGCAGCACGCCCGCAACCUGCAGGAGAAGGAUGCGCUGCGGAAGCAGGUCCGCGAGCUGAGCGAGAAGGCAGACGAGCUGCAGCUGCAGCUGUUCCAGCGCGAGGGCCAGCUGCUGGCCGCGGAGGGCAGGCUCAGGCGGCAGCAGCUGGAGACGUCCGUCUUGAGCUCCGACCUGGAGGACAGCUCACCCAGGAACUCCCAGGAGCUCUCGCCCCCCCGCGACCUGGAAGAGAACGCCCAGCUCUCAGACAAAGGUGGCCAGGCCAUUGGGGAGAGCCUGGAGCAGCCCUCUGUGGCUCUGCAGAAGGAGCGGCUUUCACUGACCCCCGACGAUGCAGGCCUGAGCAGCAGGGAGCCCCCAGAGAAGGAGAAGGGGCGGCGGCGCCUCAAAGAGAGCUUCGAGAACUACCGCAGGAAGCGGGCCCUCAGAAAGGUGCAGCACGGCUCCAGGCAGGGAGAGGUGGACUGGGAGAACACCACGGGCAGCGACAACACUGACACCGAGGGCUCCUAGUCGGCGCCUUAGUCCAGCGGCCCGUCGUGGGAGGAGGACAUGGCGCCGCCCCAGGACCUGGGCGCUGCCCCUCUAGGCCGCCUCUUUGUUGGCGAGCACAGGCGUGCUCUAUUCCUAUGUAAUGCACACGCAUGCUGCAGUGUUAAAAACGCAGCCGUCAAUAAACGACCGUGGUCCAGACA